AUGGAGGUGGACACGGAGGAGGAGGUGGAGGAUUUGGGGGUGGAUUUGGGGGUGGACACGGAGGAGGAGGUGGAGGUCAUGGCGGAGGAUUCGGAGGUGGACACGGAGGAGGAUUUGGUGGAGGUGGAGGACACGACAUCAGCUUUGGAGGUGGUCACGGUGGUGGUCACGGAGGUGGAGGCGGAGGAGGAUUUGGAGGUCGUGAACCGUGGCCACGGAGCUAUUAUUAUAUCCAGUCCCGGAGGUGGUUAUGGAGGAGGUGGCGGGGGCGGUGGAUUCGACGACCACCAUGGCGGAGGAGGUUUCGGAGGAGGAGGUGGAGGGGGUCAUGGUGGUGGAUAUGGAGGUGGCGGAGGAUUCGAUGACCACCACGGUGGUGGAGGUUUCGGAGGUGGGGGAGGAGGAGGAGGUCACGGAAGUAGCGCAGUUAUCAUCGAACAACAUGGAGGUGGAGGUUUCGGAGGAGGUGGUGGAGGCCAUGGUGGUGGAUAUGGAGGUGGCGGAGGAUUCGAUGACCAUCACGGUGGUGGAGGUUUCGGAGGUGGGGGAGGAGGAGGAGGUCACGGAGGUGGCGCAGUUAUUGUCGAACAUCACGGCGGAGGAGGUUUCGGAGGAGGAGGCGGAGGAGGAGGCUACGGUGGUGGUGGCGGAGGAUUCGAUGACCAUCACGGUGGUGGAGGUUUCGGAGGUGGGGGAGGCGGAGGAGGUCACGGAGGUGGCGCAGUUAUAGUCGAACAUCACGGAGGUGGAGGUUUCGGAGGAGGAGGCGGAGGAGGCGGAGGUGGUGGUCACGGGGGUGGAUACGGAGGCGGCGGAGGAGGAUUCGAUGACCAUCACGGUGGAGGAGGAUUUGGAGGAGGCGGUGGUGGAUUCGGAGGAGGUCACGGAGGUGGAUUUGGAGGCGGUGGAUACGGAGGUGGUGGCGAUUUAGGCGGUGGAGGUCACCAUUCCUUUAGCGGAAACAGUAUAUCAUCUGGUUUCGGUAGCAGUGGUCACGGUGGAGGCGGUUACAGUUCCGGCGGUGGCUACGACUCGUAUUCCAGUGGUCACAGUGGAGGCGGAGGCGGUGGCGGUGGCGGUGGUCACGGUGGCGGUUUCUCGGGCUACCACAAGAAGAAAUAAAACAGAUCGGGCUUCCGAUCGGCCAGUUCGACCAACUUCCG